UUUAUUGCUGAGUAAACUCACUCACCGCUCUGUCAGAGUGUCCAUGUGGCUGAGUUGUUUCCAGAAAAGAGCCUCCCGUCUCCUCACAGCUCAGACAUGAAGCCCAUCCUCAUCUCAGCGCUUGUGAUGAUAUUCACACUCAGAGGAACAAGUCCCCAGACAGUGACUCAGCCUGAGGACCACAUCUCUGUCUUUGAAGGGGCCCCGGUGCAGGUGAAGUGCAACUACUCACAUUCUGGGAGUCCCAUGCUCUUCUGGUAUGUCCAGUACCCCAAACAAGGCCUCCAGUUACUCCUGAAAGACACCUCACGAGAGAACAUCAAAGGUUUCACGGCCAACCUUAACAAGGGUGAGAGGUCCUUCCAUUUGAAGAAACCAUCAGCUCAAGAGGAAGACUCAGCCCUGUAUUACUGUGCUCUGAGUGUCACAGUGACUGGUUUUACAAGGGAAGCAGAGCACAAACCCUUUAGGGAGUUACAGAAAGAAGCUGGCAAAGGAGUGCUGCUGAACUUGCUUGGGGUGCUCCUGAAACAUGCCAAGAAACCAUCUGUGGGGCUGUCACUGAACUUUGCUGGAGAAAAGGAAAGAUUGGCGGUAAUUGCACAGGAUGAAGAUGAUAGUUCCAGGGCAAUAGGGGCAGUGGAUGUGCAGCUGUACACAGCGUCCUGUACUCGUAGCCUUGAAGGCACAGCCUGCAGUCUCUGGAGCUCAGAAGAGGAGCCCGAGGGACACUCAGAGGAAUGUUCUCCAGAGUGA